AUAACCUCUCACUUGUGUUGAGACAUUUGUUGUGAUUGCUGCGUGAAACAAUACCGCAAGUUAUAUGGAAAUAAUUUUCUAUAUCUACCGCCCGUAGCCUGUAGCUUAUCUUGGUCUCUCUCUGUCUACAACCACCAGCCAGGAGCCAGAUUCCACAUUCAUACCUUGUCUCUUCAAUUUGCGUCUUCCCUAUAUCACGAUCAACAUGGCAAAUUCCGAACCCCAGAUCAUCUUAUAUGACCUAGCUUGCACUAAGGACGUCUGCUUUUCUCCUGUCGUCUGGCGCAUUAGGCUCUUGCUCAAUUAUAAGCAAAUUCCCUACAAGACAGUCUUCCUCGAGAUGCCAGAUAUCGAGCCUACGCUCAAGGGACUCGGCUUGCCUCCCCAUGACCCUGCCUCUGGGAACUUCAACUACACGGUGCCCACCAUCCACCAUUUGCCGACCAACAAAUACAUCAUGGACUCGAAACCUAUUUCGGAAUUCCUAGAGUCGACAUACCCAGAACCUUCGGUGCCCCUCACUUCGGAACUGGGCACCGAAAUCGAGGCCAAGGUACGCUCCUUGGUUGCCCCAACCUUUUACAGGUCGGCGAUGCCGCGCGAGGUUCACAUCUUGUCACCACGAGCGCAAGAGUACUUCCGACGCACUCGCGAGGGUCGGUUUGGGAAAACGCUGGAAGAAUUGCUCGCGGGCGAAGAGGAGCGCUGGCAGGCGGUCGAUGCUGAUCGGCGUGCUGUUGGAGAGUUGAUGCGGAAAAACAGGGCGCUUGGGCCGUUUAUACUCGGUGCUCGUCCGAGUUAUAGCGAUUUUUUCAUUGCGGGAUCUCUUCAAUCUGUGAAAGUGAUUGACGAGGGAGUGUUCCAGAGGAGUGUGGAGUGUCCUGGCUACAAGGAUAUUUAUGAGGCGUGUUUGCCGUACAUGGAGAAGAAAGACUGAGUGAGCUUGUAGAUGGAUUAUGGAUUCACUUGAUAGAUGAAGAAUGGUUGACUGAGUAAUGCGAUGCAAUCCUGACGAUAGAUAAAUUGAGCCCUGGUCCCUGCAGAACAAGAAUCCCAUUUCCUGCAAACGCUAUUCCAUGGCCACUCGACCCCAGCUGCAUGUUGCUAUCCUCCCGCAAGCCAUUUUUAGAGCUGUCAACUUCAACGAAUGAAAAGUGGCAAAUUG